CCCGCGACUUGGCAUCGCCCUGUGAAGGGGCAACCCCGUGGUGCUGCCAUUGCUUAGUGCCGCCCGCGUCCAUUCCCAUCCCUUUGCUGUUCUGAUGCAUUUUGAUUACUGCUCCCAGUGGGUUUAGGAUGUCCGUUUCUGGCAACGUCUCCGGCUCUCUCCGGCGGCCGGAGAGUAUCGGGCCCCCGCUCCGGGACGAUGUGAUUCUGGUCGAGGUGGCCUGGGAAGUGACUAACAAAGUUGGAGGCAUCUACACCGUGAUUCAAACCAAGGCAAAGAUCACCAUCGACGAGUGGGGCGAGAAUUAUGUGAUGAUGGGCCCAUAUUUUGAGCAUAACGUGAGGACCCAGGUGGAGCUGGUCGAACCGCAGAAUCCCGCCAUCAGACGGACCAUUGACUCCAUGAACGCCAAAGGCUGCAAGGUGUACUUUGGGCGAUGGUUGAUUGAAGGGAAUCCUUGUGUUAUCCUGUUCGAUGUUGGAGCUACAGCUUGGAGCUUGGACCGUUGGAAAGCUGAAUUGUGGGAUUGUUGCUCUAUUGGGAUUCCCUGGUAUGACCGAGAAGCAAAUGAUGCUGUUCUCUUUGGUUUUCUCAUCACUUGGUUCCUGGGAGAGUUUGUUUCUCAGUGUGAGGGGAACUGCCCGUUUAUCAUCACUCACUUCCAUGAAUGGCUGGCUGGUGUUGGUUUGAUUAUGUGCAGAAUCCGCAAGAUCCCUGUAGCUACAAUCUUUACGACACAUGCUACGUUAUUGGGACGUUAUAUCUGUGCUGGAAAUGUCGACUUCUACAACAACCUUGCCUACUUUGAUGUAGAUCGUGAGGCGGGAGAGAGGCAGAUCUACCAUCGAUACUGUAUGGAGCGUGCUGCUGUUCAUUGUACCCAUGUCUUCACAACUGUGUCGGAAAUCACAGCAGUGGAAGCAGAACACCUACUCAAAUGCAAACCUCAUAUGGUGACUCCAAAUGGACUGAAUUUGAAGAAGUUCUCUGCAAUGCAUGAGUUUCAGAAUUUACACUCAAAGAGCAAGAUGCGAAUUCAGGAGUUUGUCAGAGGCCAUUUCUACGGUCAUUUGGAUUUUGACCUGGAUAAAACCAUCUAUUUCUUCAUUGCUGGGCGAUACGAAUUUACCAACAAAGGCGCAGAUUUAUUCUUGGAAGCAUUAGCCCGUCUCAAUUAUCUGCUCCGGGCUCAUCAAAGUCGUGUGACGGUGGUUGCAUUCUUUAUUAUGCCUGCACAAACCAACAACUUCAAUGUGGAGACAUUGAAAGGGCAGGCAGUUCGUAAACAGCUAUGGGAUACAGCAAAUGCAGUGAAGGAGAAGUUUGGAAAGAAGUUGUACGAAUCAUUGUUGACUGGAGAGCUACCAGAAGCAAAACAAAUGAUUGACCAGGAGGAUUUUGUCAUGAUGAAAAGAGCCCUGCUGUCUACCCAGCGUCGUUCGUUGCCUCCGGUUUGCACACACAACAUGCUGGAUGACUCCACAGAUCCAAUUCUGAACACAAUUCGACGCAUUGGCUUGUUUAACCAUCCCAAUGACCGAGUAAAGGUAAUCUUCCAUCCUGAAUUUCUGUCUUCCACCAGCCCACUGCUGCCACUUGAUUAUGAAGAGUUUGUACGUGGUUGUCACCUGGGGGUAUUUCCUUCGUACUAUGAGCCAUGGGGUUAUACACCAGCGGAAUGCACAGUGAUGGGAAUUCCGAGCAUUUCUACCAAUUUGUCUGGCUUUGGUUGCUUCAUGGAGCAUCACAUCACUGACCCUUCUGCAUAUGGAAUCUAUAUUCUGGAUCGUCGAUUUAAGAGCCUGGAUGAGUGCUGCAAUCAGUUAACCUCAUUCCUCUACAGCUUCUCUCAACAGACACGACGGCAAAGGGUAAUUCAGAGAAAUCGCACAGAGCGGCUCUCUGAUUUGCUUGACUGGCGCUACCUUGGCCGGUAUUACACCCAUGCCAGACUCUUGGCCCUUUCUAAAGCCUUUCCCAAUAACUUCUCCCAUGACAUAGCAGAGAUUUCUGCCAGUUUCCACUAUCCACGGCCUACAUCAUUCCCACCUUCCCCAUCCUUCUCCUCUGCGUCCAGCCCUCGUUACAGUGACAGUGACAUUGAACCAUACAAUGAGGAAGAGGAGGCUGAGAUAGAUCGUAAAAAUAUCAAGCUGGACUCCAUGCUGAACCUAAUUCACGAGCGUAACAAAAGUCUAGAAAACUCUUUUACAUUUAAAACAUCCAGCACCAGUAAUACUACUACACCCUCUAGGCCAAGUGCAUCCUCUAGUGUCCGAGCAUCUACUAGUUCCAGCAAGCCAGCUGAUCCCAGUGAUCCCAACAGGAUGACCAAUUCCAGUGAUCCCAAAAGGCCAACCAGUCCCAGUACCUCACGUGAUCCCAGCAAGCUGACCGAUCCCAAUGAUCCCAGCAAGCCGACCGAUCCCAGUACCUCAAGUGAUGCCAGCAAGCCAACUGAUCCCAGUGAUCCCAGCAAGUCAAACAAUCCCAGUACCUCUCAUGAUCUCAGCAAGCCAACUGAUCCCAGUGAUUCUAGCAAACCAACCAAUCCCAGUACCUCACAUGAUCUGAGCAAGCCAACUGAUCCCAACGAGCCAACCAACCCCAGUGAUGUCAACAAGCUGACCAAUCCCAACAGUUCGAACUGGCCAAGUAAACUGAGUAAUCCCAGCAGGGAUACAAAUCCUAGUAAUUCCUAGCAAUCCCAGAGGUAGGAAUACACCAAUUAAUUCCUCUGGAGCCAGCAAAUUGACUCAUCAGAAUGGUACCAUGGACACGAUUUGUUUAAUGUUUUAACUCUCAUCUAUCUGAGUGUAACUCAAGUCCAACCCAAACAGGGGGCAAAAGGAUAGAAAUUUUCAAUAAAACAACUGCAUUUGCUGGUGCAGCAAUGUAUCAUUUGACAGUUGAUGCAUAUUAACUGAACUGAUGGAGAGGAACAGUAUUUUUGCCCAUUACAUUGCAGCUGAGUUUUAUAUGACUACUUCAUGGAGCAGGGUCUUGUGGCUCAGCGGGUAGUAUCCCUACGUCUGGGCCAGAAGCUCUGAUUUCGAGUCCCAAGCCAUCAAAGGUGCUUUUGUGACAUGGCGAAACAGGUUGAUUGUCAGCCUGAAAAUCCUUCCUACACAGGACAGGAUACUCUGCUGGUCAGCCAUCUCUCUGAAAGGAAAGGCAAACUGCUUCAGUCUUCUGCCUAAAAGCAUGGACCAAUCCAAUAAAAGGCAGUUCUCCUUGAACUUUGGAUCUUCUGAAAUUAACAGCACAAUGGAGCAAUUGGGCUGGUCAUCUUGCAGCUGAGGAGGAAACAAUGGGAUAGGAUUCAGUUGCAGCUACCACCCAGGCCUGCAGAAGUGCAGCAUUCAGGACCGCAAGGGACAUGUCAACAUUGGCCAAGAUCUGCAUCCAAAGGCUUCAAUGCAGCUGUCAAAGAGGCAAUGCCAAACGCAGCUUGGGAUGUGCCAGGGCAUCCUGCACUCGGACAUUACUGGAUUGAGGCAUUGCCCUUGAAAACAGCCUCAGGAAUCAUGACUACAAUUUCCAAAGCUUAGUCAAGCUUCACUGGGUCAUGACAACGUUCAUCGUAAGUCUUGUUGCUGCGUUCAGGGACAUGUUACGUACAAGGGGGUCAGCAGGUGUUGCACCCAGUCUGCAGGAGAACUCUGUGUAACAAAGCAUCAGACUUUGCUUCUUGUACUAGCUGAGGACCCGUGUCAAUGACUUCUGAUUGUGUUGUGAACCUGAGCCUAGUGUGAUGGACAGACAUGCUGAGGUGAACAUCUCUGACUUGGUGGUGGGUCCAGGCUGACAACAAUCUUAUUCAAAUGACUUGUUGUGAACGGAGACGGUUUCACACCUGAUCCAAUUGAAGGGCAGUGCCGGAAACAAUACCUUUGGAAAAACAGGAAAAAAAGAUUUGAUGGUGUG